UUGCCACAAAAGCCUUUUAAAUGCCCCGCCUCCCUCACAUGAGUCGGCGCCUCCCGUUGCGAUCGUUGGUCGCUCCACCGGAGCUCCUCGCCCUCGGUUUCUUGAAUCGUAACCCUAACCCUAAUUACUAUUCUUCCGAUCGCCUGCCGGCGUGCUACUCCUCUUUAUGGCGUCCUCUUCCUCCUCUGGGAGCGAUGGCGGCGAUGCCUUCGACGCGGAUAUGGAGGCCCUGCGGCGAGCCUGCGCGCUCACUGGCGCCGACCCCGCCGACGUAGGUGGUGCCUACUUGGAUUCUGACUCUGAUUCCGGAAGCGACGAUGCAGGCCUCCUUCGUCGUCUGCAGGAACGGUUCUCUUCGCCCUCCCUAGCCGUCGAUUCCUUUUCCUUGGUCAAGCCCCUGUCUGUUCUCGCGCCGAUGGAUCUUGAUGAUGAGGAUGAUUUCGAAACCCUUCGAGCCAUCCAGCGGAGAUUUACUCAGUACAAUAGCGAUCCUCUGAGAGAGAAACCUGAGAAAAUUCUAGAAGAACCUGAGAUGGUUGUCAAUGAUGAUGUAUGUGGGCCAGAAACACCUAAUAGAUCUACAGAAUUGAGCAAAGAGCAUGGCUACAGUCACACUGAACCACACUUUCCAGAGCAUGAAGCAUGGAGUUCAAAUGUUAAGGAUUUGACAUCUUCUAAGUUUCCCAAGUCUGCUCACAAUUUUGUUAAUGCUCUUAAGAAGAACAGAUCAUGUCAGAAGUUCAUUAGGAGGAAGCUACUAGAAAUUGAAGCAAAGAUUGAGAAGAAUAAAGAACUGAAGGAACGUAUUAAAUGUCUUAUGGACUUUCAAGUUGCCUGUAAAAGGAAAGUGGCAAAUAUUUUAUAUCAAAAGAAGGAUCCUCGUAUCACGUUAAUAUCUUUGAAGAGGUCCACAUCUGAAAAGUCAUCAAAGACGACUUUGAAGAAGGUUCCUGCCUCAUAUAUUGGUCCAAAUGAGAACUCCCAUGUUUCAAAGUAUAAAAUGGUACUUAAAAGAUUUCCCAUCUCACUUAGUAAGCAGCCAUGGUCAAACAUCGAGAAAGAGAAUCUUGUGAAGGGAAUAAAGCAACAGUACCAAGAGAUGCUGAUUUUGAACUCAAUGAAUAUGGAAAGUGACGCAGAGGGCAUCACAGAUUCAAAUUUAAUGUCUGCAAUAACACUCAGUGAUCCUGAGUUCACACCUGAAAAAAUUAGAUCUUUCAUACCAUUAGUAAAUUGGAAUAGGUUGGCUUCAAUGUAUGCCAUGGGCCGUGCUGGUGCAGAAUGUGAAGCAAGGUGGUUGAACUGUGAAGAUUCCAUGAUUAAUCACAGUCCUUGGACAGUAAUGGAGGAUAAGAAGCUUUUGUUUAUCGUUCAAGAAAGGGGCAUUUACAAUUGGAUAGAUAUUUCAAUCACAUUGGGUACACAUAGAACACCAUUCCAAUGCUUAGUACGUUACCAACGGAGCCUUAAUCCUCAUAUUCUGAAUAAGGACUGGACAGAAGAUGAAGAUGCAAAGCUUCGUGUGGCUGUGGAGUACUAUGGCGAUAACUGGCAGAUGGUCGCUUCUUGUCUAGAAGGCCGUGUAGGUCCUCAGUGUUCUAAUAGGUGGAACAAAACUCUUAACCCUGAGAGGAAGAAAGUGGGAAGAUGGUCUGUGGACGAAGAUAAACGGCUGAAAGUAGCAGUGAUGCUUUUUGGGGCCAAAAACUGGAACAAGAUAGCUUGGUUUGCCCCUGGUCGCACACAAGUUCAGUGUCGAGAAAGGUGGCAUAACUGUUUGGAUCCAACCCUAAAUUUAAAACCGUGGACUGCAGAAGAGGAUGCCAAGCUGUUGGAUGCAAGAGCGAUGCAUGGAAAUUGUUGGUCGAAAAUUGCUGCCUGCAUACCUCCACGUACUGAUAACCAAUGUAGGAGACGAUGGAAGAUUCUGCUUCCAGGAGAAUUGAUUUCGCUUCAAGCUGCAGCACAGAUAAAGAAGACUGCACUUAUAUCUAACUUUGUAGACCGAGAAAGUGAGCGACCAGCAAUAGGUCCAAAUGACUUUACACCACUCAUUAAUUCUAAUACUAUGUUUGACAAAAUUGGUGGUGCAAAAGUUAGGAAGAAAAGGCAAAGUGAGAAUCAACCAAAUAAGUCCAGAAAGAAGCCCAGAAGAGUUUCAAUGGAGGAUCAGGAGACAAAUUGUUGCACUGAUGACCUGGCUCUUCCACCAAGCAUAGAAUCGAAUCCUACCAGUAGUCUGGGCAUUAGCAGGUCAGGGAAUAAAAGAUUGAGGGAUGAUAGACCAAGAAAUCCAAGAGUUAAAUCCAGAAUACAUCUUAAGGAGAAUUCAACAAAGGAUUGCAUGACAAACACACCAUCUGUUGUAGCUCCAGCAGAUAUGUCACUUGUAGUUGCUAUAAAUUCGAAAGCUACAGAAAGUAUGAACAUCAGCAAGGCAAUUGAUAAAAGUAAAAAUGAACAGAACAUGUGGAUCAAGUCCAGAUUUCCUAUUGAGGAGAAUUCAACAGCAGAUGGCCUAGCAAAAUUUUCAGUUGAUAUAGCUUCUGAUGAUUCACCCCUUGCCUUAUAUAUGAAUAACACUUCCGCUAGGAACUUCAGAAGGCAAAGGAAUAUAGCAAGAGUUAAUACAUUAAAAGGCCAGGGGUUAGAUCCAGAAGCUCAUUUCAUGAAAAUUCUGUAGCAGAUGGCACACUGAAUUAUUCAGCUGAAGUAGUUAAUGCUGAUUAUUUCUCUACCCCUGUGAUUUUGUAUAAUUCUGAGAAUGAUUAUAUAGAAGGAAUAAGGAAGAAAGAUUCAAGGCUUAUGGAUGAUAAUUAGCCGCAGAUGUCUAAAGCUGAAGCAGAAAGAUCUCUUGAGGAAAAUCUUACAGCACUUGGCAUGGUCAAUGCUUCUACUGAACCUGUUCCUUCUGAUGUACAUUUAUCACCAAGUACAGAGGCUAAUACUCAUGCUACGGAGAGCAUUAGUGACCUAAGUAAGAAAACCUGAAGUUACUGAAGAGGACACACGAACUGCUGAGGAUUCAUUUAAGGUAAGAGCUGUGUGUGGUGCUGGUGAUGAUAAUUAUUCAAAAGUGCUUGCUAACUGUAACAGUACAGUCUGUGGAGGCAAGUUAGAUGAAGACCUACUGAUUACUGAUGAGAGGGUUGUUCUGUUCAGGAAUGCAAUGGAUAAAGUAGUAGGCUUUCUUGAUGAUUACUGAUUCUGGAUUAUCUAAACUACUCAAAGACCACUCUGCAGAAUCCCUUGUUCAGUAUUAUCACAGACAACGCAACACUAUAUUUUCUGUAUUUUGUUAGAUUGCUGAAAUUAGUUCUCAAAGUUACAGACUUCUCAUACUCUCUUAAACAAGUGGGAAACCAGGUAGAUAAUUUCUACUGGCCUGUUGAGUCUUUGCUUGUAAUCAACACUGGAUUCAAGCAUUUGCUUUCUACACAUAUAGAAAGUGUUUUGCACUAGAACUGAUAUUUGCUGUCAGUUGCAUGCAGACAGGAUCGAUGGAACACCACCCUCUAUACGUUCCCCUAUUUGAUUUGGUUCUACACAAGUUUGCUAUUUAGGUACGUCUAUGGGUAUUAUAGACAAAGCUGCGCAUGUAAUGGAAUUUUGCAAUAGAAGUACUCGGAGGCUUUUUUGUCUUUAUAAUUAUUUUUCUUGAAGUGAGGGCCUUUGUCUGUGAUGUCUUUUCUUGAUGAGAUCUAUCAAAAAACGCAAAAGGAAACUCAUGUUAUUGGUUUCUUUCCAAUUGUUUGGUGUACUGAGUCAUGAUUUUAUUAGAGCCACAUUUUUUUUAUGUUCCUUUCAUUUGUUCCCAUUUGUUGAUGAAUGUGAUGUAAUAAACACCAGAUUUUUUUUAUUAAAGUGGAAC